GCUUCAGUUAUCCUUUUGUUUGGGCUUUUGCUGGGAUGUUUAUAAUGUUUACGAUGGCAUUUAAGAAUGGUUUGUGGUAAUUUCUGGUUGUACCCAGGGCAUCUUCUCUGGAUAUUUGAUAUUAGGUGAGUUAAAUACACUCAUACAAACUCUGGAAACUACAGCGGUUUGCCGUAUAAAGAGUGAGAGCGUGCCUGACGCAUUGUCAUGGGUAUACGUGAUGACCUCACUGGUAGUAUGAUCCUCCUCCUGUCUUUUUAAUGAAGUGCUGGCUUUGCUUUUAUGUAGUGAUGGGCAUAGCAGUUCUUUUAGAUGUACUGAAUCACCAGAAUCAGUUCACUAAAAAGAUUCGUUCACCAAAUGACCGAGGCUGUGUCCAAAAUGGAUCCCUAACUCCUAUAUAGAUGACUAUAUGGGGGUUAGCGGCAUUUUGAGGGGUGUCCGAAACCUGAGUGAUCAAUUCCAGUGCCCCAUAUAGACGACUCAAAAUUUCCCAUAAAGCACUGCAAAAUGAAGUGACCAUUCGAUGGUCACUCAGCGGUGGUGGGCAUCCCGUCAUGCAUUGUGUCUUGCCAUGUAGUGUGUGAAACCUCCGGUGAUUGAGUUAACUACAUAGUCAACUAUAUAGUAAAACUUCAUAUAGGUGUUAGGGGUUAGAGAUUGAGUGAUUCAUUUUGGACACAGCCCGAAUCACUUAACGCAUGGUGGGAGAGGCCUGCGACCCCGACCUCCUGAACCGAUGGACAGCUGAACGGUUCAGGGUUCAGUUCAAUUCAUAGUUUCUGGGACUUGGAGACAAGAGUGUUUGUCUGUGUUGGUUUGACAAAAGUCAUAAUGUUCUAAAUGUACUGUCCUGUUGUAUGCUAUUUAUCCGGUCUGCUCAGGAAAUUGGGCUCAGUGAGUGAUUCGUUCACUGUAUGUUUCGAAGAAUUCACAGUGAACAUGCACUGGUCCCUCGCAAACUGCUGCAAUGAUAGGAUGCUGCGGGUUUAAUGCACUGUUUGAGACAUGCUGUGUCCUAUUGUAAAUAAGUUGUUGUUAUGGCAAUUUAGCAGUGAAAAAAAAAGUUAGUUUUUUCUGACAAAAAUGAUUUCAGAGUGUAGUUCAAUGUGUGAUUCGUUUACCAAGUAAUUCAGUUGUCGGUGCAUGCGGUCCCUUGUUCAUUGACUGCUCACCUGACAGUGCUGCACUGCUGACAGCUCAACCGAAGUGAGAAAUGAACGACUCACUUGAGGAAGUGAUUCGGUUCAGUACAUUCACUUAAAAGAUUCGGUUCUUUUGAUUGAAUCGUUCGUGAAUGACCCAACACUACAUACUUCCCAUUUUAUACACAUAAAAGUAAACUGAUCUGUUCAGUUUAAGCACAAUUACAGUUUGGAUAACUAAAAUCAUAUUGAAAGUAUCUGAAAUGAUAAAUAAUGUGUUUCUAUGCAGUAUUAAAAAUAUACUUCUGAAGUACCUACUGAUUAGAUUUUGUGUCUCACCAACGUCACACAUCACACCACUCUGGUCCACUGUGGUUUUGGCAGGAUGUACUGCUGUGUAAGGAGUCCUGUGCACGGUGCAGCCAGGGCAGACACCCUACAAACACACACUUACACAAGAGCUAAGAUGAGACUGUCAUUUUUGGCUGUUGGCUUCUAUUGUCUGAGUCCAAAUUCCUGAAUGUUUUUCUCGAAAAGAGGCUUUCUCUCAUACACAAUCAUACGCACAUACCUGCGCACACAAUUCCACCAGAAGAAGGCCUUAUCACUGUUUCACUCACUCAUCCUUAAAAUAAUCACAGCGCAGGCAUGUAGAGUAAGGAUUUUACAGGAUUUACUACAUUUAUUUAUCAGUCAUAUGAAGACUUUGAUGUACCAGUUAAAAUUUAAUAAAAUAUUUGAUACCCCACUUUCCAGUUUCCAGUUAUCUGUUAGGAAAUUUCACACCUUCUUGUUUGAACAGAAGCAUGAGUGUGUGUCUGGAAAUGUGUGUGAUUGGUGAGGGUGGGGUGAUGUUAGAAUCUCUCUAUCCUAGAGGCGUCUCUACUUCUGGGAUGUUGUACCAAAAUAAAUCACAAGAGUGAGCUGAAGCGGAGCAGAAGAGUGUGACUAUGAUCCUAAAGUCUUUCAUAUGUCAAUGUCACACGCUCACUGCAAGGGAACACUUGUAUGUAAAUGACUUUCAUGAUCAAAAAUGUGACGUUUGUUUCUGAAGACUUUACUUAUUAGUUGUUGUCAGGCCAGAGCAGUGCACCUCUGUGACUUACGUGAUACCAAGAAAAUGUUACAGUGAGAAAAAACAUUUUGAUUGAUUAAUUUGGGAUUAAUAAUAGUUAAUUACGGUCUUCUAAAAUUAGAUAAAUUAUACAUUACAUCAUAAAGAUAACCAUGCACUCUAGAGAUUUUGUGUGUGUGUGUUUGUGUAACACUUGCUCGACUAGGUUUUUGACAAGCAGGUCCUGGCCUGUUACCAAAUGCAUUUAAAAACCUCCCUGUGUGUUAUAUAACAUGUCUCGCCUUUUAAAAAAACGGAAAUUAUAGUAUUUGUGUGUUAAAAAGUGACAAAAAAACACUCAUAGGUGAGUUUAGUUUUGAUUUAACCUGCAGAACGUCACAUUUUGUCAUAUUUGGUGCUCAUGUUAACAGCUGACGCACACACAGACAAAGUGCCUUAAUUAGGGGUUGUGUCUGGAGCUGCGGAUUUACCCUGCGCCAAAUUUAACCCCCAUUAUCAAGUCUUCUCCACCCAACAUUUACUGUAGGGUGCCUGCUUCCAUGUGCAGAGAAGAAGGAGAGAGGGAAAGAUUUUAAAAGGGAUACAAACAGGCGACGAAGAGAGAGCAUUAGACCCGAUGACAGGGGAUCCAGGUGUGUAUGUCGCAGCUCUGAGUUGAUAAUAAACUUAAAUGUAGGGAUUAUCCGUGUAACUUACCAUCAGAUAAAACUCUUUUUGAACAUAUGUGCAAGUCAACGACAAUGCCAAGCUUUAAUUAGGCCAGCAAUCCUAUCAUCUGUCCAUCCAUCCGCUCAACCAGAGUGGCUGGGAAAAACUCCAGACGGUCGUCCAUCCCCGUGCCGGCCAGCCUUCCUGCUCAGUGCCUGUGCCAAAGAAAUUCCCACUGCAGCAACCGCAGAUCCUGGUCCAAGCUGGUUCAUAGUUCCCUACACCGGUGGAACAUCAGAUAAUUACAGGGGAACCUGGCUGGACAAAAAAUGUGGAAUAUUUUAGUACAGACAUGCUCUUCUAAUAACACUUAACAUCUAAAAUUGUACACAUAACACACCGAAACUUUUAGUGUCUCUUUUAAACCAUUUUGUCUAACAGGAAACUGAGCAAACUGCAAGUCAUACUACGGGGAGUUUCCAUCAGUUCAUCCUGUUGUGAGAAAGGACGCAGAAGACAGUCAUAUCCUGGAUGUUUAAACUCUUUUGUAGUUAAAGUUCACGAAGGUCAAGCAGGUUUCGGUGUCAUAUUUUACUCCUCUCCAUUGUUUUCUAGUAAAGUGUGCUGAUCUUUGAGCCAAAAUACUGAUGAGAGCCCAAUCCCACUACACACUCGCCCUUCACUACCAGGUGUCAGUCGUGAUGAAGUUACACUUGCAGCUGUGGGUAUAAACAAGACAGGCAGGUAUGGGACGCUCUCCUCACUCCAUCAGAAAACAAAAAGAUUAAUCCCCAUAGCAACACAAAGACGCGUCCUGAGCAAGGCAGCGUUUAAUUUCUUAGUUAACGGACAUCACGGCUGCCUUGUUUCUUCAUCCUCCCAGUAAAAUCGUAAAUCCAGCAACCAUCACAGUGACAGGACCUAAAUUAUACUUCUGAUUGUAAAUGAUUCCACACGUCUUUGAACCUCUUUACUAUUUGUGCCUGCACAAUCAAAUCAAACCUCAGCACAGAGGAAGACUUCGUUUGAUCUUUCCGAGUCACGUCUUUGUGAUGUUUUUUUUUGUCAGUAAGACAAAGGUGGACACAUACAGGACUUAUAUUUGUAUGUUGUUUCAUCCUCCUCCAUUUUUGCCGUCGCACUACCUGCAAAUCCCAUCAUGAGUGUGCAUCGAUGCAGACUCGCUAUUGAAGGGCUGAACGGUCCACUGGUCCUCCACGCUCUGUGGUUUGGGACGGCCUUCAAUAUGGCGGAGCCUUCGCGGGGACGUGCAAACGGAGGGAGAGUGUAUAGGGCGAGUGUGUAGGGGGCGGUUUGGGAUUGGGCCGAGGAGUCGCUAAGUAGCUCACUUUAUCAAGAAGUUCUGUACUGAGUAGUUCAAACUAAAACGGAGGUGUAUCUUUAAUAAGUGCCUUGUUUUAACAUGGUUUUGUGAAGACUAAGCAGGCAUCAUUGAUCUUGCUCUGCUCGGCCAAGUUCGUGACCUUCAACUCCUCUGCCUCCUCCAUCUGCCCUGUGUCUUCCCCUCUGUUGACUGUCUAAUGACAUAGUCUUAAAAAUAAGCUUUAAGAAAAGAGGAAAAGAAAGAAACCAGACUUUUGCUACUACCACAUGAGCGAGGAAAGCAUAUCUGUAGAGAAACCUGCAAUCUGCUAGCUGAACCUGCCAGUAACCGAUCGCUUGCUUUAAGUUGCCAGAUCGAAUCACACACCAACAUGUUCGGGUCAAUGUCUUUGUGAUUUCUGUUUGGAUAUGUAAAGUGUCUGGCUUUAUGUGUGUGUGUCAAUGUGUAUGUGUGUCAUGUUUUGGAGAGGAUCCACACAACCUCUCAUGUGAGGAGUGCUACAGACAUGCCCCGUUACAAAACAACCGCUGAGUAAUGACGAUGUAGCCAACAAAGCUGGAAAUUGAAGCUCUUGUCAGUCGCAGCACUUUUAUAGAGUUAUUUAAUACAGCUCAAACACAGCAUAUUUAGAUCCGUAAGUAUAUGUGGAUGUGAGUGUGCGUGUCUGUGGUCGGGUUUGCAUGUUGGCAGCAAGCUGUAGGGUUGCUAAAUCAUAGUUUCUUGCCUAUCUAGUUCUGCUCUCACAUAUGUAAGAAUUUUUACAGUAGGCCUAGACUCGGAGGUGCACAUAUGGGGUUGUUUAACAUUCCCAGAGCUCUGCAUGUUCCCAUUGCUCACUCACUCUGACCUCCACUUUCCCCAAAUGGUAAUGUCUGUCUUUGGACUCACUGACCCUGUUACAUGUUUAAGUAGCAGCAUGGAUGUUUUAAUUUGAACAAUACUUUAACAGUACUUAGUAAUAGGGCUGUCACAAUAUCAGAUUUAUGCAAUUUAUGGAAAACUUGAAAAUUGAGCAAAGGCAAGACAAGAGUGGAGCAACACAUUACCUCAUAAUCUUAACUUUUUAAGGUGACCAGACUCUGAGAGAUUAAAUUGAAGCUAAGAAGGGUUUGUGGCCAAAAAAUGUGUCAUACACUUCAUUACCAACAUUUGCAUGUUCUUCCAUGUUUCUCAAUGUUUGGCGGACAUGUACAUUCAGUUGUUUUUGUAUGCAUGGCCCCCGAUUGCUGGUCAUAUGCUGCCAAUAAGCUGUGAUCCUGGUUAAAUGCAGGGUCAACGUUCAAAAACAAACAUGGUUCCAAACAACACUGGUCACCGUGACAAUGCUGGGUAUCGUUGAUGUUUGAAUGGAGUUUUAUUAGAUUGCAGAUCUUCAGACUGAGGAUCAUUGAUCACUAACCUGUCGAAGAGAGCGCAUCGCAGAGAGACAAGAGGAAAGUUUUCGACACAAACCAUCACAAGAGCAGUUUAGCAGAUUAUACCAACCAAGAGAGAGCAGCGACAAUGUUUGCAAACCAGAAAGCCAUGGAAAAGCUGAGGAGGGAAAGAGAGGAAAGAGAGAAAGAGGAUGAAAGAGUAAGAAGAGAGAUGAAGGAGAGAAGGUUGCAGGAGGCGAAACUAAAAGAUGAGGAUCAGAGAAAGGCUAAUGAGCUGAUGGCCGUAAGAACUAAGAGUAUGAAGAAAGUCCUGAUCGAUAACUGGGUAGGAGACCUCAAAGCCCCAAGUAAGCCUGGAUACAAGAUGCCUGAUCCAAACAGCUCCACCUACCUACUCUUUGUGGCAAAGGAGGCCCCAAAAUCCAAAGGUUUUUAUCAUUUUAAAUCCUCACCCAAACCCAAAAAGGAGUCCAAGCAGUGGGUGCCUAACAUCUUAAAGGUUGGGUACUGGAUGGACAGAUACCAGGACCAUCAUGAGAGGAAGGACGAGAAGAGGAAGAAGAAAGCUGAGGAGCAGUAUGCUCAAUGGGCCACCUCAAAGACGAGACGAGCCGGCUUGGUUUCACGGCAGAAUGACUUUUACACUGGAGGGUUUGCUGUCAACAGAAACAGCAUCCUCAAAUCUGUACUUUAAUGUAUCACGCUUUUAUUUAGAUAAUUUAUCUAUCUGGGGUUUUUGUUGCUUUAUUUCCUGUAUGCUAAGUUACUCAAUUGAAUGAAAGCAGUUGAAAUAACAGUAAGCUAGAACUUCAGAGUCAUGAACAAGUAAUACCUUUCCCAUAUCUGUUCAGCCAGGAGACUAUUUGCUUGACUUAGCUUAGUUUCGUAUGACACAGCUAAAAGAGGAGUAACAACAAGACUCGCCAAGUCAGAAAGUCUAGAAGCCUCUGGCACCUCUUCAGCCAAUGGAUUAUACAAUUUGCUGUCUUUCUUUUGUCCAUUCAAAAACGUGUUAAUUUGACAAUUUGAAACUUCUCUAGAGGUCAUACACUUGAUGUACAACAUGACCAUUAAAAAGUUUCACCAGAUUAGGGUUAUCCUCAAACAUGAUAGUUAACUUUAGAUGGGCUGCUGAGUGAACUUAGUACCUUUUGCUCAUUUGUUUGACUUCUUGUUUCUUCCUUUGUUCAUUUUAGCCCUAAACAAAGCGAGGUAAUUGUAAGAUAUUUUGUUUUAACUGUCAAAAAAUAGAUUGAACUAUUUUUGAAUGCCCAGAAUCUGUAAGAAUUAGGGGUGUUGUCUCUGCCUGGACACGACUUCCUAAAGCAAUAAAGUGGAGAUGAUUAUUCACUGACUAAAACGGUGAUUAAGUCAAUCCCCUGUAUUCGUUUGACAAAUAGAGGUUACAUGUUAAAAGUGUUGUUUUCACACUUCAUACACCCGUUUGUGUGAAUGAAAACAUGAAUUGCAUGAUUAUAGUGUGCGUGUUCACUGACUUUAUAUAGAGGCAGAAUAUGUGUGUGUUGGUUGUGUAUUAUAAUUUAACGUGUUGCUGGAACAUGAGGAGUUCAUUUACCCCCACAGUUAAUGAUGCCGGUGAUGUAAGGGAAAAUACCACACUCUCAAAAACACCUACUCCCACAGUGUUUCACAACUCAGAUUGCCUGUUGAGCAAAACCCUGAAAUAGCAAGAUGGACAGAGUUUGGUUUGUGGUUGAUUUUAGUUAGUGAUAGCAAGGUCAUUAUGUGAUUAAAACGCUUUCUUUAAACAAUAAGUAAUGAGGCAGACUAAAAUCCUCAACUAGUGAUUAAACAAAUUGGUAAUAUAUACUUUAAAAGUCAAGGUACACCUUUAUCAAGCUAUGUAUUGCAUCUGUUUAUUAUGAACAAAGGGAUCAUCUGUUUUGUCUGGGCUUCCUCAAACCUGCAUUUGUAUUACUCUGGCAUUAAAGAAGUAUUCUAACUCACAGUAUUAAGUCUGUUCUUCCUGUCAUUAUCUAUCAAGGUGAAGUCAAUCUCUCUGCUUCCAAUUCAGCAAUAUCUGACUGCCAAUGCGCAGCAGAGACACCAGAGAGGUCGUUUAGGUUUCUUCAGGUGUACAUUUCCCUUGGAAAACAUGGUGCCUGGCAUCUCGCUAACUCGAGGACAAAUAGAAGAAACAAUGGACACAGAGAAACAUUGGGAGGACUGCUUCCUCAGACAUUUUGAGGAGGUGACACUUGCCCACUUAUCAAACUCACUUCUUAUAAUGAGACAUUACCUGAGCACCAACGUAGAAAAUGUUAGUGCAAAUCAGCCUUUCAUUUAGCAAUAAUGGGCACCUCCGUUUAGUCAAACAGAGGGUAUGGUUGCCUCCAUCACGUCGUUGUCUUACACAUGCACAUUAUCUCUUGGUCCAUGAAAUGUCUAAAGCACAAUGGAGUAUAAUUACCUUAAACCUCUUUUGCUGUCCUAGUCCUUUUCUAUUGUAUUUUACUCCAUGUGCCGUAAGAUAAUUGCAUGUGCAACGCUGCCAGGUCUUCCCCAAGGCUGAACGUGCAAUGUGACAUAGUGGUGCUUAAUAGGCACUCAUCGUUGGUAUUAGAACUUGGUGGUUAACUUCUUUUGUAAGACCUGUCUACCCUACCAUGAAGAGGGAAAUCCACGUCUUUUCAAAUGCUUAUGAAGUGUUUCAUCAGCCCUUUGUGACCCAGCAAAGAUUCAGCCUUAUUUCAAUAAGUUUUUUCAAGGAGAAACAGUUUGAGCCUAUGAACCGUGAAAAAUCAUGUAUCCCCUAUAAAAUCUCUGAAUGUCAAGGUUAGCACUUGUCAAAAAUUAAGAAAAGGCAUUUUAAUUUACGAGACAAUUUAUUUCUGAGUUGAUAUGUUGUCUUAAAAGGUUUUAUGUUUUACAGACAAGGUAUUCAUUUCCAGCACGGGGAUGAUAAUAACCCAGUGCACUUCCCUAUCCAACACUGAUUACCCGUUUCUACUCCUAUAAAACAUAACUUUGGACUACCAGCCUAUCAAAGUCUGGUCAAAUUUUCUUGCACACUAUGACCAGAUUGUAUAUGUCCUAAAACAACAACAACAACAACAACGAAGUAAGAAACCAAGAGGCAUGUCAAUCUAGUCAAUAUAAAAAUAAAAGAGUACAUUAUGACAGUGAUGAGAUUAGUAGAUUUUCAUAUACUGUAUUAUUCAGUGUAUUAAGCACAUGUUUGAUUCCUUUUCUGCAUCAUAAAAGCAUGCUGCAUCCUAUACAGUGGUUUGACCAAUACACUGGUAAAAAUGUGGGAAGAGGUAUUUGAUUGUGUUACCCUGUUUACCCAGAAGAUGGCACCCUAAGGAACAAGUAACGGUGCAAGAAAGUGCUACACGGCUGCACAGAAUCUGCAAAAUGUGGACUUGCUGAACACAAUGAUAAACAUCAUGUAGGUUUGGAUGCUUUUCCAUCAGAAAGACCUCUAAAAUCAGACCUCAUUAUGUACCAAUGCUAUCUUAUGGGACCUGGUCUUGCAAAACUAUGAAGAAAAGCCUGGACUUAGGUUACACUAUUGUUUUCUUAGGCCAGAGAUAAUUAACAGCAUCAAUUUUGGCCAGCCAAGGGAUUGGGAGGAAAACCUGAGCAGUUCACCUGUAGAGGGUGAAACAAAACCAAAGUCACCAACAAAAACAGUCCUGUCUGAUUUGUUUCUGAAAUGUUUUGGAAGUUUUAAAUUGGUGACAGACAGGGAUUUGGAUGUGGUGUGUAAGACUCGGUGGAUCGCAGUGAAACAUAAAACUUGAUAGUAAUGUUAUGUUUAAUGAUUUGAACCAGAGAAAGCAGUAAACUGUGGGCACUGAUGGGAAUUAAACCAACACUUGGGAAACGCCUUGAUUGAAUAGGGCAAGGAUCACUUGGGAUUUCUAAAAAUGGUGUUUGGUUUAAGUUAGGCAGAUUAAGUUUGUCAGAGUAUUCACUUCACAGCAGGUCUUUUACAGGCGCAUUUCUAAAGCUGUCCGUAUACCACAAAGCUUGCAUUGUGGUCUAUUGUUAGGUUUGCAGUACUGUUGCUGCUUAACAUAGACUUUUAUCGACCCCUGCAUCCAUGUACAGUAUAUAGUAGGGCUUAUGUAUAGCCUCAGAUUCCAGGUUAUCCUUAGGCAAAGGUUUUAUUGUCCCUGUCAGAUCUCUGUGGGGUUGAGCCCAGUGUCUGCUUACAGAGACUUUUCAGCCUCUAGAUACAAAACAUGAACAUUUUCUCUGUUAUCUGGCGUUGGGUUUCCCAGUGAACUAGAUAUCCUAAUCUUUGUGUGUGCAAUGGAUGAUAUACUGGGGUGGUUUAUUAAUAUAAAGUGCAAUGCUAUUUUUAACAGGACAAGACCAUUUUUUCUUUCUAAUCAGGGCUUGUAUUUACAGCAGUGUGAGAUUCCUGACUCAAAAAUGGCACAUUUGUAAGAAUGACAGUGUAUUUUUGAGCCUAAAAUACCUUGUGGCUCUAAAAAUGAAGCACGGUGUCAUGUCAAACCAGAAUUUUACGUGCUUGACAAACACAGCUCAUUGUUUGAAAUCCAAUAACACGGCAGCAUGACCAGCAUCUUCUGCUGCCCACUCACCUCAAACUCAAAGGCCAGUUGUGCCACUCAUUCUCGUGUUUCCUCUUUUGUGGUUCCUUCCUUCCUUCACAGCUUCAUCCAGUGGGAUUUCUCAGCUCAGCUGCUGCAUGACAUCAAGGAGCCAAAAACAGCUUCUCAAACAAAUUAACUGCGAUUUCGGUCUUAGCCCCAAACCACAACCAAAUAGAAUAAUGUCUCUGUUUUUGUCAUGACUUGCCAUUACUUCUUUAUUAUCACUAUUUUUAGGACCUCUGACCAAAACAGAAGAUUUGACUGGUCAUCUAACGCUGUUAUGACUUGUUAUUUGAAUGUGUCAAAUAACAGCUCCAACAUUUCAAAUAAUUACUGUUUUGAGAAAAGCUGUCACGCUCUUCUCCGAGUCUUUUUUCGGUAACUUUGGAUUUAUGCAUCAUCUGGUUGUUUUUGUCCAUUCUUAUAGCUGAGGCAUCUUGGGCGUCGGUGUCAUUUGCCCUUUUAGCUUUGUAUGUUGGGAUAUAUUGUCUUGUUAAACCCUCCCUUUCCAUUGCUUUCAUCCGUCUCAGUUUUUUUGUCUGACACCUUCUCUUUCUGUCUUUCUCCCGCUCUACUUAUUCUGUCUUCCCACACAUCCAUCUCUCUGCAUUCUGGGCACAAACCAAGGCAACAUGGCCAACAAACGCAGGAGCAAACAGGGUCAUUCUGAAGUGAAACUGUCAACAUUAAGAUACAAUAACAGGAUUGACAGCUUGAGAACAAAGGGCGCAAUUCUGAAAAAGCACGUGGAGCUUAAGUAUGAGAGCUAAGGGUGUGAGACAAAGAAGUACAUCAAGGGAAGAGAACAAGCACACAAUUACACUUAAUAGUCAUUAAGUUUCAUACUUAAUCAUCUUUGUCUUUGUUAAAAGACAAUAAGUGCCCAUAGAUGCUACAUGUGAUGUUGUAAGAGGUCUUUUUAAAGAAAGGUAAAUUUAGAUUUGUGGUUUGUCCGUGGGGUCAGAUCAAAAGUGACGAUAUUUCAAUAACGGGGUAUGAUAAAGUCGAAGUAAGAGAUCUUUUUUAAUGCCCAAAAAGGUUUUUUAUGUCCAUAGCUUGGUUUAUAAAUCUUUAUUAAAAUGUGCACUUCCUACUUUUUUGCUAAAAUUUAUCAGAAAAUAAGAUCCUUUCUUGUCCGUCUGUUGAAUAUGAUAAUAUAGCCUAUACUGCUAGCACAGCAUAGCCAAGCCACAGGAGAGACAAAGCAAGCCCAGCUAUCUGAAAAACUAAAUUCAUCAAUGAAUAAAAUCAGUGGAAUGAAGCUCAUUAAACACGGUUAGAGGGCUGAUUUUGGGCGAAAAGAACAAGCUGUGCUCGUGCAAAACUAAGCUUGCUAGCCGCUGGACGUAGCUUCAUAUUUUGGCUGACACUAGCUAAAAAUAGAAUUAUGUACCCAUAUGAUUUAAAAACAACUCUUUUGAGAUUAUCAGGAUUGCUGCACUGCUGCAGACCUGAGUAGAACUUUUUAUGGACUAGCUGAAAAAGGCAAACAAGACUACGGUCAUGGCGUCACUUUUGCAGUGGGUUUGUGGGGAAAGCCUCAGACAAAACUGGACUCUAAUGCAAAUUCAUCACACGCAGGCACUGCUGGCUUGGCCAGUGGACUGUGAACUUCUGAGCCUGUCAGGGAGUAGGCACAUUUUGAACAUCCUGUUUAGCAGUCUUUCACAAGCCCAAUUGCAGUCACAUUUCCUCCAUAUCUGUCCUCGUGAUUUUGAUUCAAAAAUAUCUUUGUGUCAACUGGAACCUUUUGACAGUGAACUAUCAUCUGGUAUAAGCUAUAACCUCUUUUACAUUGACAGUUCAAGACAGAACUUUUAAGCCACAGUAACUUCCACUUUCAAUAUCACAGUACUUUGUGGCUGAGCUGGCAUUAGAGUUGAAGUAUGGUCAAGGUGGGACAAAGUCAGGGUGUCAGAAAUAAAGGUCUGAUAGUACGCCAUCUAUACCACCAGCAACCAGGGUAGAGGGUCAUGCAUGUCUGUAAUUCUUCGUAACAUUGUGGUUGAGAUGGAGAGCAACUUUGCUUGAGUCUGCAAGUCAGUACAGCUAGAAAAUGUAUGAGCUGCUGUUCAUCCAUCAUCCUGCUUUUCAUAGCACUGGCAGCUGCUGUGGCUUAACGUAUGUUUGUAACAAUGCUGCUGUGUUAUAUGUCACCACUUCCACUUCCCAUUUGGUUUUCCUAGUGCCAACAUAAUGUGAACUUACACAUAUGGGCUACAGUGCCAUUGCAGAAUCGAUGUAGAGUGUGUGAGUUUGUGGAACUGUUAUGGCACUGUAAUGUAAAAAAGGCUCAUUGGACAACCCUCUAAUGGAAGGAGACGACUAAUUUUAUAGGUGCUUUUUCACCCCAUGCUUUUUAACAUGCAAGCUUUUCAAACAGGUUAAAUGUGCCACAGCCUGAUCAUCAUACUGUUUGAGUUUACUGCUUACUGGGGUUGGAGUUCAGCUGUUUGAAUGACCACACUAUGGGAGGUCAAGGAAGACUGUCUGUGGAAAACCCUCAUUCCUCAAGCCCUCGAGCCGGAGUCCAGUUUGUUACUUGACACUUUCCAAAAAGAGUGAUUUAAUUUAAGGUCCCGGUUUUGUUUAGCUCUCUCUAUCAUUGUCGUUUUAUUGAUCACAUUUUCCCCUUUUUUCAGCUCUGUGUGUUUGCACGUGUGUCUAUAAGAGUAUAAGAAAGCACGUGUGUGUGUGUGGCUUGUAAUUAGCCUCUUGCUUUGGUCUCAAUGGCAUUUUAACAAACGCUUCUAAAUAUAUCAUGCUAUCAGGCUGAAGUUUGAGGAGUCUGGCUCCCUGACACUUUCUCCUUUUUCCUUCCCUUCCUCCCUCCUUCUUCUUCAUCUCCCUCCUCUUCAUCUCUUUGGGUCCCUUGCCCUUCAGCUUUGUGUUUUUUUUUUCUGACUAGUGGUUUUUAUGUCAGCUCUUUAUCUUGUACUUCCUCCCUGAAAUUAUGCUACAGAAGCCUGUCAUUGGCAUGUUACAUUUUUUUCAUUUUUUGUUUGUUUAAGGCACAGCUUAGUUUUGGCUAGGUAUGAAGGUAUGCCAGAUGUGCGUGUGUACAUGAGUGUGUGAGUGUAUUUAUAUCACCUGCAAACAUAAAGAUUAAUGCUCAUAUGCAAUGCCAUGCUAAGAUCUCCAUGCAGGAUUUUGUAUGUAAGUAAAGUGUUCAGUUGUAUACGUGUUUGUCUGUGCUGGAUCUGCAUAAGAAUGAGAAUGAAUGGAUUUUUGCGAAUGGAGUAGUUUUGACAUGCGUGCUAAACUAAUGUUUAAAAUGUAUGCUUUGUUACGUGUUCAAAGGUGCAUUAAAAACAGCCUCACCCC